GAAAAUGGUUGCCCAUCGGAAUGAUCGGCCGCAUAGGUGCUAACCGGGCGACCUACUGAGGCAUAAGUAGUUAUGGAGUCAACGCCUGGAAUAAUACAGCUGAAGUUUGGCACACUGAAGAUGCCCUACGGAAUUAUUUACUCAAAUGGGAGUGCACUGCACAGCAACCCCUGACGUUUAUUUCCCAGCAGUGCGCAAGAUUUUUCUGCUGCUUGUUUUUUCCCGUGGUGUUUGGGGGAGCAAUACGGAAAAUGCUUUAUAAUGUUCAGACAGAAAAAGUUCAGUAGUUGCUGUCUAUCGAAUCUGCGAAGCCGCGCACCCAAUGAAAAAUCUGAACUAGAUUUCACUGUAUUAUGAAAGGGCAGAUGUGCCAUGUAUCCGGACUAUCAAUCCGCGGUAUUCGUCAUACUCCUCACAAUCGUUUGGAUGCCACCCAUAUUAGCAGUUCGUGGCUGUGUGACAUAUGUGGUUGGCGUAGAUUACUCCAUGAAACAGUCUAUCUGUGAUAAACCUGAUACACACUUCAAGGCUGUUCCGUCUGCGCUUCCAAGUCAAGUCGUAAAGUUAACCAUUAACCAUCAGGAAAUAACUCGUCUCAACGCCUCACAAUUCAAACAUUUGCCUAAUUUAACCUAUUUGGAUAUGGAUUCAAAUAAGUUGACUGUAAUUCAUCCAGAUACCUUCCAUCAGCUGCGAUUUUUACGUACUCUAAGUCUGCGAUUUAAUUUGCUGACCUUGUCAGUUGAGUCGUUUCACCCGGCAGCCAUGCAUGGACUUACAAAUUUGGAACACUUAAACCUGUUGCAUAAUCCGCUAGGAUAUAUACCGAACGAUAUUUUUGCUUCACUCGGCACUACUUUAAAAACCUUGGUGCUCGCUGGAUCUUCCGGAAAUUUCCAGCUGGAUUCAAAUUCACUGAACGGACUACAUGUGUUGCAAUCCUUAGAUCUUAGCUCGAAUCGGUUGGAAACUCUGCCUGAGAGCUUUGAACAUAGUUUAAAUAGCAUGCAAUUGAAGGAACUUUAUCUUUACGACAAUCCUUGGCGAUGUGACUGCCAACUUCGUUGGCUGAAAUUGUGGUUCUUGAAGCAUGAUCCCAAGCUCGUUUUUUCAAGAACAAUCCCCGAAGACAUCAGUCGACGUGUUGUUGAACUCAGUCCGCAUUCAUGGACCAGUCAUCCUUCCGAUGGAUCAGAGGAAUCGAUAACUCUUCUGCAACCCAAGUGUGCAUCACCUUACUCGCUGUAUGGUCGUUCGCUUUUUGAUCAACCAGAUAAUUUGGACUCCCAGUCACUCAGAUCAACAGACUUCCAUUGCACGCCUAAAGCAUUGACGCCUAGUCAAUCGCUACGAUUUGCCCGUGGAAGUAAUGCCACAAUUACUUGUGAAUUUUUCGCGGACCCAAGUGCUACUGUGGUGUGGUAUGGAAACGGAACGAAAAUCCAAAAUCGCCUGCCCCGAUUGUUCGUGGAGCAAAGUCAGGGCAGAAGAUUCCACACAAAGUUGGUUAUUAAAGAAAUACAGUCAAGUGAUGCGGGUAUAUAUGUUUGCUUCCUGGACACAGGAUAUGGGCGUGCAAACAGCACGUUUUUUGUACAAAUCACUACAGAAGACUAUUCAAUAGCCACGUACAUGUCAAAUAGUUUGUUCCAGUGGUUCAGCGGUCUAGACACCAAGGCUGUUCUGAAGUACACAGGGAUUUCUGUAUCUUGUCUGGUAGUCUUGCUUAUGCUUAUCGGAUUAUUCGCAUACUGUGUAUAUGGCAAUCGCUUUUGUUCACGACGGAAAAAUUCAGCUUCGGCCAACAUCAGUAGAGCACACAACACUCCUGGUGUUGACGAUAAUACCGGUAAAAUUAAGUCCACUGAUUGUGCUCAGGAGACAUUUGUCCACCAUGUGGUCAAAAAACACGCGAAUGUGCCCCGUGUUCCGCGUUCUACACUAGUGAGAAAAACAUCACUAAAAGACAACCAAGAGUUAGUACCCACAGUUAACCGGUUGACUGAAAUGCAUUUGUUGCCGACAUGUAAAAAUUCGGACACCAAGUAUGUGGCCUUUCAUCUUGUCUCAAAUGGUACGAAUUCCAGCGUAAAACAAGAAUGUGCCAUACAUAAUUACGCCGUUAUUCGAUCAGUUGCACCAGAAGGCCUUAUACUGCAAGAUGAAAUGGCCUCGACAGGUUUGCCAGUAGGCUGUCAGACAAGUGAUAUCAGUGAAGUUCAUUCCCUUUUUCCUACUUUACAAAAUCAAUGUGACUCGUCGCUUCGGAUGGUUAGUUCUCAAAUUGCAGAUGCUGACAUUCAUCGUAUUGUCUCCGAAUUCCAAUCUCAAGAGUUGCUUAGAAAGCCAGAUUCUCGGCAAAUUGGACGAAAAGAAGGCAGCUACUCUCCAUGUCCUUUACAUGGUGAUAUGUAUGCAACAUUACAAAAUACUGAACAGAAAGCCAUAAAUACCCAGACGAAUAAGCUUAUCACAACUGUACCAACUGGAUUGCAAUCAAGCUUCCAGAAACGUACACAAACUUUGCCAAACCGCAGCAAGAUUAAGGCACGUGCUUCCGAUUUGUCCAGUGAACAAAGUACAAAGAAAACUUCUUACACAUUCGUCACCGCCUCGGAACUUAGCACCACAACGUUACAGCUGAACGGACAUGCAGCAGAUUAAACACUACAGCGUCUGCACUAAAACAGCUGUCUUUUUGUAGGUAACGCGAAAGCGCUGGUGUUCCACACUCUCCGUACACGGUACCCAUGUAAAUCAGAUCCCAUUUCUAUUGUGAAUUUUAUGAAUUUUUGCCUCUGUUUUUUCAC